UCGCGAGGUUGGUAGUCUUGACGCAGGAUUUCGUUUUUAGUGACGAGUGUGGUGUUGUGGUUGUGUUUGCGGACUGAAAAAAAAAACGUAUUCCGGGGACUUUUUACAUAUCUUUUUGACAUUUUUCUUAAAUUAAGGGGUAGAUGAAGGAUAUAUUAUGCCUCGCAAAGAUAAGUAUGAAGGUAACAGCAGUAACAAUGGCUCGGGUCGUCGCGUGCAAUCCCUCAUUUCGCAGGAGGAGCAGGCCGCUGGGAAAAAGUCAUGCUGGAAUGAGUUGGAGAUAACAGGAACCAUCAGAAACCUCAGUCCAAAUCUGUUCCAGAUGACUCAUCUAACUGCACUGCAUUUAAAGAACAAUAGCCUGUGUAGGUUGUUGCCUGAAAUAUGCCAGCUGGUUAAUCUGCGCAAUCUUGAUCUGAGUUACAACAAGUUGCGAUCACUGCCUGCUGAGUUGGGGGAGCUCAUACAUCUCAGACAUGCACCCUUCACAAAGGAAAACAGCUGUAUCAAUUGAAGACAUUAUCAGUCAAGUUUCGCCAAUAUAAAUAUCUACCACAAGCGAAUGAUUGGUUUCCUCAAGACCUGCGUUUAGAAUAUUACAUCACAGAGAUGUAUCCAAAGAGUUGCAGUCGACUCUAACUGCCAGGAAGUUAUAUGGAAUAGAUCAUUGCCACUCUAGGAGUAAUUCUAGAGUAGAGCUAAAGUAUGGUACCUCAAUACAAUAACAGCCAAAUCAUCAUCAUCUCUUGGCACCAUUCGUCAACUGAACAUCCGUGGGGUAUGAUGGGAAGAAGAGCGACCUCUUUACCUUAUCCUCUACCAACAUUAGCAACACUUCGCAUUGAGUUUGGUAUGAGGUACCUUACCAGAAGCACGCUACGAUAACUGUUCGAGAAUGUAUGUGGCACUAAGUUAGUCGAAGACAUUAUUAGCGGAUUCUAGCGAUACAGUUAAUUUUUUUACCUAAAACUUUUGUCACGUUUUCCUCUUGCUUACUUCUAACUAUAUACAAACUUCAUUCACAUAAGACCAUUUCCAAUGGGCGCCCUUUUUUGUCAGAAAGAAUGCUAAAAAAAAACCAUGUCCAC